AGGAUCACAACGAAAAUCAUCCAUCCUCAUCUUCCAUCCACGGUGUGUACCCUCAAUCCCCGGAAUAGAAUGAUCCCUACUUGCUUAUACUACUAAUGAUAUUUAUAGGGUUAAAUUAUAUGCUUGCUUUUAAGCUGCAUCAGAUAUGUGAGAAAUCGACAAUUUCCUGAAGGGUGCAUUGCAGAGUGUUACAUUGUAGAAGAGGCAGUUGAGUUUUGCUCAGAACGUAUGCUUCCUAGAGAGGCUACCACUGUUGGGAUUCCUUGGAGAACCAAACUUGGGCUCUUAAAUGGCUGCAAGCCUUUAUCAGGCGCCACCAUCAUUACUGUCGACAGAAAGCAGCUUGACAUGGCCCACCUAUGUGUAUGCACGAACACUGAAGAUGCAAUCCCUUAUUUCAAAGAGCAUAUGGAAUUCCUAAAGUUGAGUUUUCUAAGGUUCAAAAAAAAUAAGAAGUGGUUGAAGGACAAACAGAACCUUACCUUUGCUGGUUGGUUCAAGGAGAGGGUUGCAAAUGAAAUGAGAUUUGCCGAUAAUGAUGUUCCUCAAACCAUUAGGUGGCUGGCUGGUGGACCAAAAAUGGAGGUCCCUACAUUUGGUGGUUACCAUGUGAAUGGGGUUGAUUUUAACACUUCGGAGCGUGACAAAGUACGAUCAGUUCAAAAUAGCGGGGUUUUUUUGGUUGCUGAUGCAAUGCAAGUUGCUAGUGCAAGGGAUAAAAACCCUAAAACUGAUGAUAUGGACUUUUACGGCAGGAUACAACAAAUUUGGGAGGUGGACUACUACAAGUUUAGGAUACCCGUCUUCAUGUGUGAUUGGGUGGAGUCAGCUAGAGGGGUUAAAGUAGACGAACUUGGGUUUACUUUGGUUAAACUUGAUAGGUAGGGCAUUUAAAUGAUCCGUUUGUCUUAGCUACCCAUGUGAAACAGAUUUUCUACAUACAAGACCCCCUUGAUGAUCAAUGGUCAGUGGUAGUGUGGUGCCCGGAAAGAGACUACCAAGGAGGGUGUAAUGAUGAAGAAAUGGAAGAUAUUGAACUGGAACAACACCCAUUCAUUCCUACAAUGCCAUCGAUUGAGACCUUUGAUGAUGUAGUUGGUGAUCUGCCUAGCUCCUAUAUUCGAGAUGGCGAUGAAGGAAUAUGGGUUGAGAAUGAGGAUGGUCGACGUGUUUAAUUAUAUAGGCUGAUAUUAGUAUAGGCUGCUUUUCUUUGUUUUGAUUUCGAUUUCUUGCUUUGUUAAGUAGGC